AUGUCCAACUUCCUGGUCGAGGACACACUGGUCAUCAACACUCAGUCCAGUGGCCAGUGUUGUAUCGAGUUGUGCCAGGGAGAUAUCACUCAGUUGGACGUCAGAGACAGGGUGGAUGUCAUCUGCGUCUCAGUGGGGAGGUUGUGCCGCCCUCAGGAGUUGGUGGCUAAUGUGUUCCGCUGCCUGGUACCCAUCCUCAAUAAUGAACCUGGGACAGUCAUCACUCCACUGCUCAAUACAGGGGGCCAGGGUCAAGAUGAGGCUGCCAUGUUGGUGGGCAUGGUGGAAGCUGCCGCCAAAUGGAUGAAAGCAGGCCUGCCUCUCAAACAACUCAAGAUUGUGCUCUAUGCCACCGUCGUCAAGGGUAAAUUGAUCGCCAAGCGCAUGAGAGAUCCAGAGGGGAUUGUGAAGGCCUUCAGAAAUCUGAAGGAGCGAUACAACAAGGAGACAUUCAUCCCGAUGGCUGUGCCCCUUGAGUAUGACAUCUACCUGUCUCACUGUGCUGUGGACAGUGAGAUAGCAUCCAUGGUGGAGGCCAAGCUCCUAGCCUCCAAGCCAGGCAUCAGAAUCUACAAGGGCAGACAGGACCCUGCCGAUGACAGGGAUGAAAAGGAUGGGGCAGAAGGGUCCUUCUGGCAGGAGGACAUGUACAAGAUCAUGUCAAGAUGCGCCCGCGUGGUUCCAAUUCUGAGCCCUUCAUUUCUUGCGAGCAAAGCUUGUGUUGACUUGUACAACAUGGCACUCUGUUGUAAUCGCAGAGCUCAGCGAGAUCUGCUGGCCCCACUCUACAUAGAGAGUAUUCAAGACAUGCCUACCUACAUGGGACUUGUACAGUACAUCGACUGCAGUCCCAAGGACGAAGUUAAGAUCAGUGACGGCUGUGCACACUUGGUCCAGUCCCUGGAGCAUGCUAGCAUGAAGGUCCACAUUGAGAUGGUGAUUGCCGACGCCUCCCCUCUACACUACGACAUCUUUGUGUCGUACAGUCACCGGGAUUCCAAGCUAGCCAUCCCCGUCGUUGAGAAGCUGCAGAGGAUGAACCCCGGCUUACGGAUCUUUUUUGACAUUCAGGAGCUCAAAGCGGGCACGACUUGGCAGAAGAUGUUGUAUCAUGCCAUAGACGGCUGUCGUUCCUUCAUGGCCUUGGUUUCCAACAGCUACAUGAAGUCUGCCAUGUGCAUUGAGGAAUUCAAUUUAGCCUUAGCAAAGCACUGCUCCUUGGAAUCUCAGCUGCGCCUGGUCCCCGUCUGCAUCGAAUCCCUGGUGGACCCGUUGCCAGAGUUCCGGCAGGUGAAACUGAUCAACGCCACCCCAGGCGUGUUUGAGCCAGCCAUGGAGAUCAUCUGCACCUCGCUGGUGGACUGGAUUGCAGGCAGAGGUUGGCAACCACAGCUGGACUCCAUCUUCAAGAGAAAGAUGCGGAAAAUCCUGGAUGCUUCAGAGUAUGCUGUUGAGCGUAGACGACUCGAGUUCACUCUCAAAUAUGGCCGGGGAGAAAAGAUGCUAAAGCGAGAUGAUGUGAAUUACCCUCCGUCAUUGCAUGGUGUGUAUUGUCCGCGCGUGGCCUCCGAGGACACAAACUCUGAGGAUGCACCUUGUGAUGUUGCUUUCAGCUGUGCUCCUGAGGACAGAAAGUUUGUUUCCCUUGCAACAAAGAUCCUCCGCGAGGUCAGUCCAGGGCUUGUUAUCAAAGAAACAGCAGACACAGAGAAUGAACGCCUGGCUCUCAUGGAGUCUGCUCGGAAAGUGGUCGUCUUCCUCUCGGCAAAUUACCUGGAAUCGGUGGAACAGGUGGAGGAAUUCCACACCAUUCUCUUGAGGCAGAGAUACCGCAGCCCGACGCAGGUCCUCUUUCCAAUAACCCUGCACAAUUUGCCGCAGCUGCCCACGUAUUUCCACCUGAUUCCCUGCGAGUUCAACCUCUUUGAUCCGUUGUGGAUGGACUUGUUCCUCAAACACGUGAACAUCAGAGCCCUGCGGCAGAUGUACAAAGUGCACGCCGACCACAAGGUGGAGAGAUACGAGAGCAUUGGACUGAUUGCAGCCAUCCACAGUCUGCUUGCGGAACUCCAAAAUGAAAGGGAGCAACCCCCUGCUCUCAAGACCAGUCAACAGCCGAUGCUACUUAACGUCCUGCUCCUUCGUGCAGAGGUCAACAGACUCUACAAGAAAGUGAAGGAGGCUGGUGCCCAGGAUGGCGACAGCAGCGAUACAGAUGGUAAAUGUGGCAGCAGUCAUGAAGGCAGCAAGGAUGCUGAAUCGCAAGAUGAUGAUUAUCUACUGAAUAUAGUUGAGUUGCCACCAGUCACUGAGAGUAUUGGGACAGGAAAGGAGGAACCAGGAGCAAGAUCUAUUGUGCCUCCUGAAAGCACAGACCUGAUUCUGGGGCCAGAGAGGGAGAUGAGCUGACUGUGAAAUCCAAACCCUCUCCAGAGGCCCUGCCUUCAAGCGCAGGGGCCGACUCCAAAAAUUGCAACAACUCCAAAUCGUCUUCUCUCGAGAAGAAUCCACGAGGAGCUGUGGACACCAAGACACAGUCUCCCAAGGAGAGCUGUGCCGAGGCUGAACAGGUCUCAGUAGGGCACGUUGAGGAGCGGUCGCGGAUAGACUCGGAAGAAGCUGUUGUACCCUCGUCUAAAAGUGGUACAAUUACCGGUUCGUCAGUUCCUGAACAUAAAGAUGACGAAUUAGCAGAGCCCAGCUCAUCAUCUGAGCAAGUUGGAACACUGGACGCGGAAAGUAGAGCACCAUCUUUGCCUCACAUCAAAGAAGAGACCAGCAGCGAUGCUGUUGCCAGUCUAGACGAUGGCACCCCAGUGGAUGGACCAUUUGUCCUUCAGACGGAACAGCCACUAAAGAC